AUGGCUGUUGCGUCUCGAACGUCUGCGCCGACCCUAGCGAGACAAGCACUCCAGUUACUGCUAGUACCACCACUUUCCAAGUCGGAUGAGAAAGCCCAGAAGGCGAUAGAUUUCUUUGAUCACUUGGAGAUAUACCCAGGUUCUAAACUGACUCAUUUCCGGAGGUUACACGAGAAAACAGGAAUACCAUAUUCUGAAAUGGUCUUUUAUGAUGACGAACACCGGAAUAAAGAGACUGAACAACUAGGUGUGACGUUUUGUCUUGUAAGGAAUGGAUUGGACAAUAAGACGUUUGAGAUGGGAUUAGCAGAAUGGAGAAGAAGACAUCCGCUGUCGGCGACGGAACAGCAGGAAGACGAUUAA